AUGAUCCAAAGUCAAGAACGAAUGGACCCUGUAAAAACCGGCGAGCCUGCGUUCGCUGGUGAACAAACAGGCAAAGACCAAUUCGCCGAACAAAAGAAAAACAUCGAUAGGAAUGGCCACCCUGGAGGAGAUUCCAAACACUCGAAGGAGAAGUAUAAUGAAGCUGACUCGGAAAAGACCCGUCACCCCGGUUUUGGCGGAAACAAGGAAGACGUCAAGGAGUAUAAUAAGAAAGUGCAAUCGGGGGCAGAGCAACAUACAAAUUCUGUAUCCACUCAACCAAAACCCAAACCUUCGGAACAUCCUCAUGGCAAAGUCCAUAUAAGAGAUCAAUUGACUUUCUCUUGGCUAAGAGUCGGCGGAUGGGAUGUUGACGUUGACACUGACAAGAAACAGUUGUUGAAAAAUGCUAAAACAGUUGAAAGUUACAUAAUUGACCACUUUUAUGGUGAUUGGUACUGGAACACAUCUCUUAUGUUGGGAACGUGUCUUUUUGCGUGGUUGAUUGCCAGGUUAGGAGGAGGAAUUUUAUCCUUGGGGCUUGUUUUGUUGUUUACAAAUUCAGUCUAUCGAGGAGAAUUUAGACGAUUCAACCGAAACAUCAGAGAUGAUAUGAAGAGAAUUAAGGCUGAUAAUAGAUUAGUCAACCAAUUGGAAACUAUGGAAUGGAUGAAUUCGUUUUUGGACAAGUUUUGGGUUAUCUACAUGCCAGCAUUAUCUGAACAAGUUAUGUUUCAAGCCAACGAGAUUUUAAAAGAUCAAGCUCCUGGCUUUGGUAUUGAAAAGUUAUCAUUGGAUGAAUUUACAUUGGGUUCGAAGGCUCCUCGUGUUGAUUCUAUAAAAUCUUACACACAAUCUCAUCAUGAUACUAUUGAAAUGGAUUGGGCAUUCUCUUUUGCUCCAAAUGACACAGAUGACAUGACGAAAAAUGAAAUCAAGAGAAAGAUUGAUCCAAAAGUUGCUCUCGGUGUCACUGUUGGAAAAGCGUUUAUUUCAAAAUCAUUGCCAAUUUUGGUUGAGGAUAUGACAUUUACAGGUAGGAUGAAGGUUAAAUUGAAGCUUUCGUUGAAUUUCCCUCACGUUAAGAUUGUUUCGAUUCAAUUUUUGGAACCACCAAACAUUGACUACGUUUUGAAGCCGAUUGGAGGUGAUGCAUUAGGUAUUGAUAUCAUGUCAUUUAUCCCAGGGUUGUCCAAAUUCGUUAAUGGUAUUAUCCACUCGACUUUGAGACCAAUGCUUUAUGCUCCAAACUCGCUUGACGUCAAUGUUGAGGAAUUAUUAGAAGGACAGUCGAAUGACUCUAUUGGUGUUGUUGCUGUAUACAUCAAGUCGUGCAAGAAUUUGAAAACGGGACAAACUACGAAACCCAACAGUAUCAAUCCAUAUGUGCAAAUCAAGGUGUCUAAUAAUGGUGACAUUGAUGAGAGGACCAAAGUCAAGAAACAAGUUAAUGAUCCCGUGUUUUUGGAACAUAAAUACAUUUUAAUCAACCAGUUGGAAGGAAACUUUUUCAACUUUAAUGUGUUUCACUUGCUAGAAGAUCAAGCAGAUGACCAAUUUAUUGGAAAUUGUGAGUUCCCAAUAGGUGAGUUCUUGCAAGAAGAGAACCAAACUGAUAUUGUCAAAAACAUUAUGGAAGGUGGAAAAGUUGUUGGAAAGUUGGAGUUGGAUAUGAAGUACUUCCCAACUAUGCAACCUAUCGAGCUUGAAGAUGGUACUAAGGAGGUUAUUACUGAUUCCGAAGUUGGUAUAAUGAAGAUAACCUUACACGAGGCAAGGGACUUGGACAUUUCGAAAUCUGUCAUUGGAUUGUUAAAUCCUUAUGCAGAAAUCUAUGUAAACAACGAGUUGGUCAAAACAUGCCGUAAAUUAAGACAGACUAACGAACCUUCUUGGGAACAAUCAUUUGAAAGUUUAAUUACACAACAAACUGAAACAUCGGUUCAAGUACUUGUACGCGACACGGUUGAUAACAAUAUAGUUGCUGACAUGCAAGCCAAUUUGCAGGACCUCGUAUUUGAGAGUGGUAGAGGCCAGCUGUGGAUUACGUGUCCUGCUCUCUCGGAAAACUCGCCUCCUCCUCAAAUUCGUAUUAGUGCAAGCUGGAAACCUUUAGCUGUUGACGAAGACACAAGCUCCAAGGUAAUCUCUCCAGCUCCAGUUGGUGGUAUUAGAAUCCACUUGAGAGGAGCAAAGGGAUUAAAGAACUUGGAAUCUGUUGGAUACGUCGAUCCAUAUGUAAGACUUAUUAUGAAUGGUAAGUUGAGAGGCAAGACUGUCACAUUUGCCGAAACAGUUAAUCCACAAUGGAAUGCUGUUUACUUUUUACCAGUGCCAAACCCCCACCUGCACUAUUUGCUAGAAAUCAUGGAUGCUGAGCCAGAGGGUAAAGAUAGAUCGUUAGGAACUGCUGCAAUCAAUGCUGCCGACUUUUUGAGAAAGAAUGACGAAGGCUACUACCUUGGUUACGACGGAGCCGAUGAAAUCAUUGAACAACCAAUCUUGUUUGAGUCUGAACCAUGUGGAACUCUUUUCUAUUCUGUUUCAUUUUUCCCAACUAUUAAUGCUUACUCGUUAUCCGAAUUGCACAAUAUGGAUGAGUACACGGAACAAAAACAAUUAAAAGAAAAACGUGAAGAGGAGCAAUACAAGAAAGAGGAAGAGAUUUAUAAAAAGCACCCUGAUGAAUAUGAAUGGAUUGAAACCGAAGAAGAUGCAAUGGCGGAACCACCAAAGAUUAAGCUCAAAUUGGCGGACGCCAUUAAGUACAGAGCUGGUGACAUGGCGGUACAUCUUCUUGGAGGAAAAUUUAACAAAAACGAUGUCUAUGUUCAAACUCUUUUUGACGAGCAUGCAUAUCCUUCGGGUGUCUCCCCUAAGGUUGAAAAUAGGAAAAUAGCCACGAAAUCGAUUGGGGAAACGUUUAUCAGAGAUUUACCCAAUUCCAAGUUGAUUUUCAGAAUUACUAAAAAGGUGGAGGUCACAAGUCAGAAAGACAUCUUGGUUGAGCAAACUUUUGAUACGAUCGAUCUUUACGAAAAGUCUUUCAAGAAGCCAAUCACGAUUCAUCUUGGACCGAAAAACACCAUCGAUAUCCAGCUCGAGUAUAUUCCAUCAAUUGCCAAGUUGGCGCCAUUGGACACCAUAUUGGAUGUUGGAAAUUGUAAAUUGGAAAUUAUUGGUGCCAAGAAUUUGCAAUCAGUGGAUACUAAUGGUAAAUCUGAUCCAUUGUGUGUUGUUAAAUUGGACGGUGUUGAGGUUUUCAGAACUGACAAGAAACGUAGAACAUUGGACCCACUUUGGAACGAGGCUGUUGAUUUCCCAAUGAUUUCAAGAUCCAGACAAGUAUUGCUUCUUGAGGUGUACGACUGGGAUCUCACUCACGAUUUGGAAUUGUUGGGCAUGGCCAAUUUAGAUUUGUCCAAUAUCCCAGCAUUGACGACUGUUCCAUUCACGGUGGAUUUGGAUACGCAAGGAAAACUUGAUUUGCGAGCCACAUUCUUCCCUGAAUAUAUCAGACCACCUGUCGAUUCUGAUUCAAUGCUCCCUGUUGAUCUUGCCGGUGUACACCAAGCUUCCAUGAAAGCAGUUGGCAAUGUUACUGAUUUAGCUACUGGUGCCGUUGGUACUGGUCUUGGUGCAGGUGCUGAUGUCAUCAGUAAGGGUGACAAGUUUUUCAAAGGAUUUAGAGGCAAGAAGAAAUCGAAAAAGGAUAGCGAUCUGGCUAGUAAAGCCGAUGAUGACAGAUCUGUGGUACCAAGUCAAACCACAGGCAGUGAACGAAGCGGAGUUAAGAGCGACAAGUCAUCGCAAAAGAAGCAAGGAAACGGUGAUGACGGUGGCGCAGAGGAUGGCGCGGAAGAUAUUCCUGAGGAAGAAAAGGAAUUUAGAGAAGCACAAGACGCAGAGAUUUCUAGUGUCGUUGCAGCACCAAACAUCCGUGAGGAACCACUUCCACCACCACAGAAGCCCGUCCUUGGGCACAAUAGAAACGCUAGUAGUGCAACUGAGGCUUCUAGUUUUGCUGCAAGUGUGCACGGUGAAGGUGCUAUCCCAGGUAGACUUACUAUUGUCGAAGCCAAGGGCUACUCUAACCCAACCUUGGAUGUCAAGGCCGUGUUGAAAACAUCAACAAAGGAAAAAGCAUUGUUCAAGACGAGAAUUACUAAACUUGAUAAGAAUACAAACUCCUACAAAUGGAGCGAGAGUGUUCCGUUUAAGUCGGCUCCUACAGGACAAUUGAUCCUUACUUUGAGACAACCACAUACUUUUGGAAAGAAUGAGACUGUAGCAGAGGCGGUGGUUAAUUUGGACCACUACAUCAAUGUCAAUGAGAACAUAUCGAUACCUACCGGACAUGGUGAAGUCAUCAUUAAUUUGAAGUACUUUACCUAG